AGUUUGACACAAAUAUAGAUACUUUAGUCUUUAAGCAUGUGGUUAUGGUUUAAUCUGACUAGUGCAAUAUGUAAAAAAUCAAAUCGGAUACCAAAUUGGCAAGACCUCUAUAAGUCAUAAUUCAAUUGUUUAACGCUCAAUUUAUCCAAAAAUGUUGAGACUGACUGUUCACCAAUCACCACCAUUCACGGUUUAACUGAUUAAUCCGUCCGUUCAUUUUUCAAAGAGUUGUGUUAUUUGAAAAUUAAAAUAUAGACAUUAUAUAUUAUACCAUAUAUGUUUAUCUUUAUCUUAUUUUAUCUUCCACAACUUGCAUUUCAAAAAUACACAUAAAGGAUGCCCCUCAUAAAGGAACAUAUAUAUAAUUAUAUUUAUGAGCACAAAGGAUAGCAACAAACAUAUAUAGAAAAGUGUACAAAAGUAAAAUGAAAGGCAUGAAGGGUUAUGAGCCACGUUCAAGCUCAUCUUGUGCAGCGUGCAAGUUACUCAAAAGAAGAUGCAUACCCAAUUGCAUAUUUGCACCAUACUUUCAUUCUAACGAGUGCAAGAAAUUUGCCAAGGUUCACAAAGUAUUUGGGGCAAGCAAUGUUAGCAAGAUACUCAUUGAAGUGCCAGAAAAACAGAGAGAAGACACUGUGAAUUCUUUAGCUUAUGAAGCAGAGGCAAGGCUUAGAGACCCAGUUUAUGGAUGCAUUGGUUCCAUAGCUCUGUUGCAAAGGAAAAUGAUGGAACUUCAACAUGAUUUGGCUAUUGCUAAGGACCGUCUUGCUCGUUGUCGUGCUGUUGCUGCUGCUACAACUGUCGCAACAACUCCUUUUGUUGAUAGUUUGCAUUCUCAUGUUAGUUUGCCUCCAUUUCCUGAGUUUUACACUUCUAGUGAUCUCAAUGAUAUCUUCUGCCAUGGCUCUUCUUCGCAAUUAUCGGGUCAAAAUGAAACGGUGGAUGAUUUCAAUCAAAUUCCAUAUAUAUUUUGAUCUUAUGGAAUGGUUUCUUUUCAUUUGUUUAAUUGUCCAUGUAUAUGCUAAUAAAUAUGAACUUCAUGAUUAGGAAUGAAAAUAAAAAAGUAUUGUUGUGUGUUAAUACUUAACUUCCAUGGUUCCUAUAAUUGUUAUAGGAGAUAAGAACUGCUGGAAAAUAUUGGUUUUUUGGCCUUUUAGGUUUCAUUGUUGUUAUUUUGCAAUAUGAUUUUUCAUUGUUGGUGCAUCCUGAAUCCUAACCGUGAAAUUGUGCUAAUAAAAAUGCAUGUUGUGAUAUA